AAUUUUAAUGUGUAUACCUAUUCGAAUGUCUAAUACAUUGAAUUACUUGUAUUUAUUUAUAAACCACAACGAAGUAUUAUUAAGAAUAUCGAUGUAUAUGUUACGUACAUACGUACAUCAUCCAAAUCAUUAUCAUCAUGCGGACGGCUGAUAAUAAACUUAGUAUUAAAGUAGCAUGCAGAAGCAGAACCAAAGUUACUCCAUUGCAGACCAGCAAUGGAUGUUAUAGUUAUCGGGUGCGGUGCAUCCGGUAUCGCUGCCUUAAGACGCCUUUAUGACGCUGGUCUGAAAGUUAUCGGUCUAGAAGCUGCGGACAGAAUUGGUGGGAGGAUAUGCAGUGUGGAGUAUGGGGAUUGCUAUCUUGAUUUAGGAGGUGCAUGGUGCCAUGGCGAAAAGGACAACAUAGUAUAUGAUAUGGCCAAUCCACUUGGUCUCCUUGCCAAACCAAAACCUGAUCAUAAAUAUUUCCUAAUGUCUGAUGGCAAAUUAAUAUCAAACGAGACAGGUGAUAAGAUUCUCCAGAUUUUAGAUGAAGAAGUGGGAAAGGCUGAAAAGAAUAAUACUAGAUCAAUAUCUGAAUGUGUACGUAAUGCGAUAAAAACGAAUCCAGAUCUUCAAUUUGAUGAAGAACUAGUGAAAUCUCUUGCUGAAUGGUAUGAAAGAAACAAUCAUUUAGGAGGUCAGGGCGAUCCUAAGAUGGGAAAAUCGCUAAAAGGAUUAGAGGAAUGGUGGGUAUGUGAAGGAGAGCCCUUUAUCAAUUGGAAAGGAAAAGGAUAUAAGACUGUCUUGGAUAUUUUACUGAAUAGAUACCCUGAUGCCUCGAAAGGACUUCCAAUUCCCAUCCAUUUAAACAAGGAAGUGGAGAAUAUAAAGUGGUGCACGAGUAAACCAGGCUUAGAACGUGGUAAUCCUCUGGUGCAGAUAAAGUGCAAAGAUGGAAGCUUAUAUACAGCUAAAAGCGUUAUCAUUACCCUUUCUCUUGGAGUGUUGAAAGAAAGACAUAGCCAGUUGUUCAGCCCACCGCUACCUACAGAGAAAAUCAACUCAAUAAACAACCUCCAAUUCUGUGUUCUCGAUAAAAUUUACAUCGAAUUUACCCAACCCUGGUGGCCUGAAUUCCCAUCAAAUUUUACUAUUUUAUGGAAAGAUGAAGACAAAGCAAGGUUUAAUGAACAGGAGACAUGGAUUACAGAAAUUUUUGGAUUUAAUACUGUAGAAUAUCACCCAAAUUCGCUUGUUGCAUGGAUUUAUGGAGCAGGGGCUAUGGAAAUGGAGAGAGCCAGCUAUGAACAAGUCAAAGCUGGUAUUGAGAAACUGUUGCAAGUUUUGUUUAGUAAACAAUUUAAACUGAAUCCUGUGAAAUCUAUUUUAAGGUCACAGUGGGCAUCUAAUCCUCUCAUUAGAGGAUCAUACUCCUACCGUAGUGUUUACACUGAAGAAAAUGAUGCUAGUGCAAAAGCAUUAAGCGAGCCUUUAUAUCACGGUGAUAGUUUCCCUGUGGUUGGCUUUGCAGGUGAAGCCACAUCAUAUCACAGGCACAAUGGUGUCCAUGGUGCAGUUGAAGCGGGAUUUAGGGAAGCAGAUAGAUUUAUUGACAGCUUCAAAAAAGGGACAAAAUAAUGUUUAUAAGGAUUAAAAUAAUAAUCUUAUCUGGUCUUUUGUCACAGUUUAUUACAUUUUUUAUUAUAAUAACAGUUGAAAUAAAAGCACUUAAUGCUGCAAUGCUAUUGAUGAUGGAACACAUUAACGUUAUUUCUUGAUAUGUCAUGCAGGUAAACUAAAAACUUGUUAAUAAGAAGGUAAAUACAUAGUAUAUAUAAAAUACAAGCACUAAUUAUUGUCUGUUUCUAGCUUUCUUUUACAAUUUCCUGCUAAAUCGUCAAUUAGGAAUAAUUAUAGUUUACUAAAAUUAUAUGAAUAAAAAUAAAUAUUUUUCAUUCUUUGUUUU